AAAAAUUAUUUAAAUAAAAAAUAAAAAAAUAAAAAAAAUAUUUUUUUAUGUUUUCAAAUCCAGAAUUUUUAUAAUUUUUUAAUUUGUUUUCCGAUUUUUUUUAAAAAAAAAUUCUUUUUGAAAAUCGAAAAUUAUGUUUAAAAUUAUUAUAAUUUUUUUUAUAUUUUCUAAGUAUUUAUUUAUAUAUUUAUUAGAAUCCUAAAUUUCACAUUCCAAAAAUUCUACUUCAUCCUUCAACUUUAAACCAUAAAUCUAAAUUACUUAACCAUAUGAGUAUAUGCACAACCAAUGAAAAGUUUUCUCCCGAGUCAUGAAUGAAGCAACAUCGGCAGCCCUAGCUCACAAUUUUUUUUUUUCAAGUUGAAACUUUAUCAUGCUUGUUGAAUCUACUAGAUAGAUUGGAAUCCUCAUCUUUGUGGGCGGUCUUAGCUAGUCCAACAGGAAUACCAUUACAAACCAUAAAAAACGCAAGUGCGCAGCGCAAGCUAUACAUCUCCUUGCAAAUCCUACACUGACCACCCGACCAUUCACAAACGCUCCUCCUCCUCCUAUGCUCAUCUCGUCCCCUGAAUCACCUUUACUUGGCUUGGAGUGUUGGAAUCCUCAUCUUUGUCGACUUUCUCUGAUGGCUCCCAGCAGUAAGAGAGGAAGGUUAGCGAUCUCCUGCUCCCUAAUCUUAAUGCAUUGCUGAGUUUGUUUGUAUAGAUUUGUUUUCUUUUUCUUCUCAGACUGUUAUGAUAAGUUGGAUUUCUUGCGAAGAAGAUAUAAGUCGCCUCUCUCACCUCUCUAAUAAGAACUCGUAAAUACAAGUAUGAGUGGCAUACGUUGUUUAUCAAGAAGGUUGUAUAUGGUUGGUUAUAGGAGGCCUGAUCCGAAUCUUCUCAAGAAUGCACUCUUAAGUUGGCGUUCAUAGACUUUUCCUCAUUUUGGUGAGUCAGCUCUGGAUUAAAAGCAUCUGAUUUCUUAUUAGUAUCAUUUGAAAGUGGCUCCAAUGUGAUCGUCUCCUGUCUUCAAUCUUAAAUAAGGUGUCUUAAAGCUAGAUUCAUUCAUUCGUUAAGCCCUUCCCUUUUAUCAUUUUGUUUGAACCGUUAGACAGCAUGAUCACCCUCUCUUUCUCUGAUCUAGAGGUAGUGUUGAUAAGAUUAGCAGCGUUAUCCUCUGAAUCUUCUCUUUGUAAAGAAGAAGGAAGUCUAUAAAGUAAAGAAAGGUAAGCCUCGCUCUGUUAAGGACCAACAUCCAUUCUCCCCCGCGAGACUCACUCUUUAAAGAGGCCGCUUGUCCAAUUUAGCCAUACACUUAGAAUCCAACGACAUUGUUUAUAAAUAGUUUAAACUUGGGUUGAUGGGUUGAGCCAGGCCCAUGCUAUAGUGCAACGCAUAGGCGACUCGUGAAAGCCCAGAUAGCAAGCUAUCUUAACAGGUCUUUUCCCUUAAAAAAUAGAGUUAAUAUCGUGUGGUCCGAUGGACCACAUAUCAGAUAUUAAACUGAUAAGAACAGAUACUACACUUGAUCUUAGCCAAAAGGCCGAGAAAGGUAUGAAUUGGAUGCAAGGCUCGGCCUCUUUAUUUAUAGUCGCAAGAGAGUAGCAAUGUUUGUUCUAAUAAGCGAUGUGGGAUAAUAAGAACACAACCUCUUCUCUUCAGCCUUAAAACAAGCACCUUCGUAUGAAUGCAUUUUCAUACACGGACUUUGGAGAUCUAAAAUAUAUUUUAUCUUCUUAAUUAGAGAUCAUACUAUCAUCAGUGAGUUUAUCUUGGAAAAAUAUCCUCCUGAGAAAACAACUGAAACUUCUAAGAAUGUUACAACACUGAUUCACACAAGAUUCUCACAAGAUUCAUAGAAAUAGACUUUAAACAUUUUAUUGGGUUUGUUUGUUUAACACUCUUUCAAUUAUGAUCUGGUCAAAUUCGGAUACAAAAGAUUGCUUACUAGUUGAUUGGCUUUAGCAGAUAGGAAUGUUCAGUCCACUUUGUUCCACUGAGAUGUUUCCAAAUAUUUAAGAAGACACGGAGAGGGUUCUUCUUGCCGUCGGUUGGACUGGCGUUUGUGUGUCUGGAGACACCUUGAAGAAGACAAAGAGAUGCGUACACAAGUUUCCACCUUGUAGUAGCUUCCAUGUGAGCCUGGGCCUUAAUAAUUGCUGAGUAAAUGAUACAGCUUGAUUACCCCAACCUUGUAAAAGCAUCUAUCUAACUAAACAGUACUUGGAUACGAACUGUACUUGUCUCCCAAAAGAGAAAAGAAGUCCAUAAAGUUUAGUAGAAACUUGUUAUAUCUAAGCCGUUUAUGUUUUUUAUGGCUCUAAUUGCAUUUACGAUAAUUUCUUUCCAAAUUAGCAUGACGUAUUUGAUAAGAGCCUUUCUCCAUCUGUAAUGUAUCGAUUGAAUUUGGUGCAUCAUUCGCACGUGCUCUGUUCUAGAGAGAGAGAGUGAGCCAUACGUGGCAGACAAAUAAAGAAAGAAAGAGAGCCAUGAAGCAGAAAAAGGUGUACGCGAAGGAGAGCUUCACCACUCCUUGGUGCAUUCAUCUUACCUGUCAAAUAAAUCAAUCUUCUUUUUGCUUUCUUUGUUCUGUUCAAAUUAGUCAAAAUGUAGAUUAUUUAUAUCAAAUACUUUUUUUUGUGAAACAAACGACCGACCUAUCCGGUAAUCUAAUUCGACUACACAACUAACCUUAUCCGCACGUUAUGGUUGUUCUUGUUUUCUGCAAACUAUGAAUUUCUUGGGUUACAGUAUGUUAACUCCAAAAAAAAAUGAUUAUGACAUUGACGAAUGAAAAUGAACUUCACCUGCUUUUAGUGAGAAGCAAUACUAUACUACUUUGUUAGUUUCAUCUCUUUUAUAUAUUCAUUUUGUUUACAAAUUUUAAAGUAUUAAAUGUUCUGCUUUAUAACUAUUGUUUUUUUGGUCUAAAAAAAAGUGAUUUCACCUCUUUGCCAAAAACCCAAGCAUUAUAAAUAGUUUCUCCCAACGCGAAUUGAAUCCGGGUGGCGGAAGUUACAGCUGCAACCCCUUUAUAACUAUCGUUGUGGCUGUUUAUGGUUGCACACUCGGUGCCUCUUUUUUUUGGCCUCUUGCUGCAUACACUCACCAAGAAAUCCAGCUAAACAAGACUUUUAAGGAAGAUAGCUCGUUGGAGUUUCACUAAACCAGGAAACCAUACUAUAUAUCACCCCAUGUUAUUGGGUUACAUCUACGCGGUUACAAAAUAAACAAAAUUCAGCUCUCCAAGAUCCCAGCUUUUCAUCGUAUCCGAAAAAAUAUAUUCAUUUCAACCAUAUUAAAAACAGUUAAUUUCAUAUUGGAUGAAUUGGGCACCCCUACACGUACAUAAUAACAACUGCAUGAGCCAUGGUGUAGCAAUUAUGAUCAUUUAGCUGCGAGGCAUAUUGACAAAAUUCAUGGGCAUUAUACAAUGAAACUAAUAAACUACAAAAAAAAACUAAUAAACUAUAUAUGUUUCAUUAACAACACAUUAGUGAAGCUAUAAACUAAACCCUUAUAUUAAUACCCUUUGGGUCAUUUGGAAAGCUUGUAUCAAAGGGCAUCAACCGAGUGAUUUGGUGAGAUGAACAUUCAUACAUGCAAAUCCAUGAUUAAUUAGUUGAUUAAGUUAAUCUCAUAUCUUAACUACCCAAACAGAUACUUAAUCAUCGAAUUUCCACCCAACACGACAUGACAUAAAGCCCCACAAGCCACAGCUCAUUAAGUCUCAUGUGUACAUGAACAGAAAAUUUCUGUUCAAACAAUGUCCUCACCGCAAAAUCAAAUCUCAAUACUGAUAAGGCUUUAAAAAUAAAGAGGAUACCAAAGUUAUAAUAAAAAACGUUUUCUCUGAACAUUUAAUCGAUGAUAGAUACUAAACAAAAGAUAUUAGUUCAAAAGCGAAGCCAAGGGGUUAAAGCACCAUGUCUUUUCAAUUCACGCUUAGAAACAUGCAGGCCCAUAUUAUUCAAUUCAAUAAUGUAUAUUUAUCCUAUGUGUGCAUUAUUCACUAUUGAUCUCCCAAAUUAUUUAAAUAGAGUUCCAGUUAGUCAGCAGCAUUAUAUAAAUCUCUCCAGCAGCCAAAACACAUCAAAAACAAAAGUUGAGCCACUCUUCUUUUUUUUUACCUUGAAAGCGUUCUCGAUAGGAAACAAUGGCGGCGGCAGUGGUACUGAGAUGCAUCAGUAGUACGAAGGUAAGGACAUGGAAAAGAUGUUCGAAGCAGAUAAAGGAGCAAAGAGCUCGUCUGUACAUCAUUUGGAAAUGUGCUGUCUUUCUUCUCUCCUCCUCCCAUGAUUGAGAUCAAUCAAUCUCCUUCUUGCUUAAAUGUACUAGUUUAGUUCCCAGAGAGAAGGGAAGAUAUAAUGUAUAUUCUAUUGUGAUCAUCGAUCGAAAAUUGUUAUGUACAAUCAUUUGAUCAUAGAAAUAAUUAAAACUAAGUUGUUCUUUAUAAUAAGAUAUCUCAUAAGAACAAAAGAC